GAGGGCUGUUCACGCUCUGAAAUCUAACGUGCAGAAAGUUUUGAAGGGGGAAAAACACAAUAAGGAGGCAAAUGGAGGUUGUUUGGUAACAGCUGAGAGGGGAUAGUUUUUACCCAGAAUGCGGAGAGGAAGCAAAUGCAGGAAAGGAGCUGAGGACUAUGUAGGAAUUCCUGACUGAAGUCAUGGGUUCGGAGGCGAUGGAGGAUUGUGUGCAGGGGGCGCUCUCAUCUCUUUAUCCUCCUUUUGAGAGCACGGCACCACCCCUCCUGUCCCAGGUCUUUUCAGUCCUGGAGUCGACCUAUCAACACGACAGUCUUCGCUACCUCCUGGACUACUUCGUUCCUGCCAAGCACCUCCUGCAUAAACUCCAGCAGCACGCCUGUUCUCAGUACCUGGGCUGCUUGUUCCUUCACUCCGGCUGGCCUCUGUGUCUCGGUGAGAAAGUGGUCGUACAGCUCUCCACCCUGGACUGGAGGCUCCUGCGCAGUAAUGACUUCUAUCUGCAGGUGGUCCCCUUCUCUACCCGCUGCCCCCGGCUGGCCCUAAAAUGUCUGGCCCCCGGGGGGCGCACCGUUCAGGAAAUCUUGGUACCCGAGUCACAGCACCCCCUUGUGUUCACCACUGAGUGGCUGCACAGUGUCAACAAAGAACGAGGCCACAAGAGAGAAGUUGGAGGAGGACUUGACACCUGCCUGAUUAGUACAUGUGAUGGUGUGGUUCGACUUCCGUGGAAGGAGGUUGUCUACCCAAAAUUCAUCCACGAUCCCUCUGAGGAGCUGGGCCUGAUGUCCAACCACGAGGGCCCCACAUCCAACCGCCUGCCCAGUGAGGGGGGCAGCAGCCUCGGGGGCUGGGGCGGCUCAUCCUCUGGAGAACCGGACUCCUGGUCGUGGGAUGAGGAGGAAGAUGACGGUUUACCACCAGACGGCUUGGACUCUGCGCCUGCACUUCCCCGGCGGAGGCGUAGCGAAGAUGGGCUCGGGCGGACAGCAAGGCACCCUCAGCUGGACGGGGACUAUGUGGAGCUGUUGGAGCCCAGAGUGGGUCCUGAUGGAGGAGUUGACACAAGGCAGAGAUACCUGGAGAUGCAUGGAAUUUGUAAGACCAAGACUUUGCCUCUGUGCAGGAGAGGGAAAGCUAUCAAACUCCGGAAGGGCAAAGCUUGGGGAUAUGGGAGACUGGAAGGGUCAGGAAGCUUUCGAGCUGUCCUUGGUGCCAAAAGAGAUGUAGUAACCCCAAAAGGUGACAUUUUGCCACCUCGACCUCCACCAGGAGUCACUGAACCUGGCAGAGGGAGGCGAUGUUACUCCUCUUCUGUCCAUGACUCAGAUGAAGGGGAUAAAACAAGCAGAGACUCGGAGGGCCUGGAUAGCCACCGGCUUUAUUUUGAUGGCCCGUUCAAAGAGAGGCGGCCCGGUGUGGGCAAGGAGAGAGACAGCAAUGGCCUCAUGCAGCCAUGCAGGGACGACCACAGAGGUAAAGACUCAGAGAGCGGUGACAGUCUGGUCACAAAUGAAAUCCACAACUUGACGAACCACAAAGUCGGCCAUGUAAUAGAGGGCCACUCAGAUCACGGAUCCCAUUCAGACUCUGUUUUCGAGGAUACGGAUAAACCAGUGAGCGGAGACAGUGAAGCCACCACCCCAGUAUCAGAUGCACCAGAGAGAUCAUUCACUGGAGUUUUAGAAAGUGGAGAGAUCACCAACAGUGGAUCUAAAAUGAAGAGUUUGUCUAACCCAAAGGGGACAGAAGGAACUGAUGAAGGAAAGACGGAGGACAGAGUGUGUCCCAGAGGAAAGGAAGUUAAAACCGCAGGAUUCAGAGUGCCAAGGAGGAAAAGGAGGGGAAAGGGGGCCAAAGGGAGGGCUAGGUCCGGUGGCCGUGCACACCAGAAGGGAUCAAAACAGCAGGGUAAAGCUUCUCAACCAAGUCCCUCCACCUGCUCUGCUUUGACAACGCUGCCAAUCACUGAGGACAACCAAUCGGAGCAAAGAGGACAGGCCGAUGAACCUGACGGACUGCCACCUCCAACUAAUGAGGGGACAGAUGACACAAGAAAAAGCAGUCCAGAGAAUGAAGCUGAAUCAUUGCCUGUCUGCAAUGGCCAAUCGGGCACAUCCUUAUUAAACCACUCUAAUGAGGAAGCCGGGACAGGGGAGACGUGCCCUGACCAACAAAAUGGUGUUCCGUCUAAAGAGCCUCCCCUGCUGAGGGAACUGGACACAGAGCUUCUCCAGUCCGGGAAGUUGAAGUUAACAGGUACGGUGGACAGGCUGGGACGUGCUCUGGUCGUCACCGAGACAAAUGCAUCAGAGGAGAGUUUCAGUGAGGAGGAGAUGGCCCGGGUCCUGGCCUGCUACCACCAAAUCACUCGGCCUGCAGCCAAAGAAAAAGGUCUCACGGUGCUAAUGGACAGCAGACGCUCUCCACCCUCCACUCUCUGCCUCUCUGCGCUUAAAUUGUUCCAGGUGUUGGUUCCUGGCGGUCUUGGGUCUGUUCUGGUUUUGGUGGAGGAUCAGCAGGAGUCCCUUUCUCAUAACCUGGAAGGAGCAGAGGUCCACACUGUGAGGGGAACAGGGGUCCUUCAGCAGUUUGUAGACAAGCAGCAGCUGCCCAAAGAGAUGGACGGAGACUUCACCCACUGUCACUCAGACUGGCUGGUCUUCAGACUAAGCCUGGAGAGUCUGACAGAGCGCUGUGAGAGCGCCCUCUCACUCCUAGCAGAAGCACUGCAGUCGAUGGAAGCUGAGCCGAUGCCAGACAACAUCAAGGAUGUUCCGGUGAGCAUCGACAAACACAGGCAGCUCAUGGUGAGCGUCCUGGCCGACCAACGGGUAACAGAGCUACAGCAACGGGGCGGAGCCUGGCUCGCAGGACUGACCAAUAGCACUUCUGGACUGGCACAGAAGUCACCAGACUGCAGGGCUGCUCUCGCUGCGACCUCUAAACUCUAUGACAGCGUGGAUGACGCCCUCCAUCGGCUCGUCCGAGUGUCCAACCAAAGAGGUCGCGACCUGGAGGCUCUCGGACGACUCGCGGGGCUGGUGGACAAACUGGAAAAGUGCGAUAAGGAGAUUGAGCAAGUCCAGUCACAGCUGGAAGACUACAAGGACCCUCCUCUGUCCCUCAGCAGACUCUCGCUCAAACAGCAGAAGUUCAAGACAUUCAGAGAAACAGCCAACGAGCUGCACAGUGAGACUCUGUCAGUGCUCAGUGAUUUGGAGGGCUGGUGCGAGCUGGACUGGGCAGGCCUGAGCGACAUCCAGAUCCAGCUGCCUCCAGUCAGGGAGAAGCUGAGAGACAUGUCCCACUGUCUGUCCGACUGCUGGACCACCCUGGAUAACACACAGAGGCUGCUGUCCACGCUGACCGAGGCCACCCAGUGGUGCGAUGCUGUCUCCACUACCUCCUCCUCCCCUUCUUCUUCUUCUUCCACCUGCCCUCUUGCCUCCCUCCCUCCGAUUCCCCCAUCCCGUUUCCAGGAUGCUCGUUCCUUGGCCUUAGAGCUUGGCGGCGGGGCGCUGCUGGAUCUCUGGACCCAGACCGUAGAGCGCUACCAGCGGACCGUAGCGCAGGUUAAACCCAGGUUCCUCCAGUCAGACAGGGCCCAGAAUCAGGGCCAGGGGAAGCCAAAGACGCCUUCCGCCAGCAGCCUGUGGGACCUGAUGGGUCCUGAGGGAGAGGGCGACUGGGGACUCGGGGCUGGAGGUGGCGAAGGUGGGCUGCAGUCCUGGGGAUCCCUGGCAUCGCUGUUCAGACCGCAGACCUGCUCCACGCUGAAGAUAGGAGAGGAGAAAGGGAAUAAGAAAGAGGGAGCAGGAGGAGGGAGUGGAGGAGGAGCUGGCGGAGCUGGAGGAGGGAAAUUCCUGCAGAACCUUCUGAAUCCUGCAAAGAAGAGUCCCACAGAUGCCCCGCUCCCCCCUAAGCCCCCCAGGAAACGCCACCCAAGCUUUGACCUCCAGGCUCUUCUGGCUCCCCGCAGGGGCACUGCCACCCCGAAGCCUGUCGAGUCCCCGGUGGGCGGGCCGAGCCGUAAUUCCCCCAUGUCCUGGCUGGGGAGGCGGGCGCUAGCUGAUCCAGUUAUUACCACUAGCAUGGCUGCAGCCAUCCCUGGAUGGGGGGGCGGAGGAGGAGGAGGGGUGCUGAUUCGAGGGGUGGAGGUCAGCAGCAAGGAGGUGGUGGACCACACGGGGUCACCACGGCAACACGUGCUGCUCGGGAGGACUGAGAGGGACACAGGGACAGACAGGACCGGCUCAACUGCGCAGAGUAAGCUGUACCUGCUCUGGUGCAGGAUGCUGAGUUCCGAGAGGCAGUAUGUGACUGUCCUGAAGGGGGUAGAAGAGACUUACCUCCCCUUACUGGAGCUCUCAGACACUCCGGCCUCCAUCAGGGGGAAGGCAGACACCCUCUUCCCCAACUGGGCCAGCCUCAGCACCUUCCACUCGCAGAACCUACUCCCUGCCAUGGAGGGCGCUCUUGUGCAGAGCUUGUUGCAACAGGACUGCUUCAGCAAAUAUCGGGAGCAGUUCCUGCAGUAUUCCCACUACAUCAGGACCAAACCAGAACUGGACUCUCCACUGGUCACACAGGCCACAGACUUCUUUAAGUCCAAACUCCCCCCAGCCUCCCCCCUCUCCCCUCUGUCCUUCCCUCACUGCCUUCAGGCUCCCACUCAGAGGCUGGAGCAGUACUGCGAGGCCCUGGAGGAGCUUGGAGGGAUAAACCCCGCCUCCGACUCCGCCCUCUCCAUCCUGAGACACGCCCAGCGUCACGGCGAGGACCUCAGGGCCAGUGACCUCAUCGUCGGAUGUCCGAUCCCCGUGGCGGAGCGCGGCGAGCUGGUGCGGCAGGGCGAGCUGACGGUGUGCGGGGGAGCUCGGAGGAAGCGGGCGGGCGUGAGGAACGUCUUCCUCUACCAGCACGUCGUCAUCUUCACCAAACAGAAGAGCCCCGGCCCGGGACGCGUCGCCUACAGCUACAAACAGAGCAUCAAGACGGGCGAGAUGGGCCUGACUCAGAGCGUGGGUGAGGAGGGGGUGAAGUUUGAAGUUUGGGUCCGGCAGGCCCCUCGAACCAGAGACUGCAUCACGCUGCAGGCGAAGGACAGGGAAGACAGGGUGGCCUGGACUCACGACGUCGCGCAGCUGCUGUGGACGCACGCCAUCAACAACACAGAGUUGUGUCUGAAGGAGUCUCUCUGCAUGGGGAUUUCCAGUAAGCUGCUGCUGGACGCGGCGGGGACUCAAGGCUCAGAGCUGGACUCCAUCUCCAGCCUCAGCGACAGAGUCCACAGUAGCUGCUCAGACUCCUCCUCUGUCGGCAGCCAGAAGGAGGGGGGAUCCCCGGCGUCUGGGAGGGACCCCAGGAGAAGCUCCGGAUCAACAAGUUACUCACAGAGUCAGUCUCCCUCCACAGCGGUGUAGCUGUCAUCUCAAUAACAAAACUGGACCCUGGACUUUGUGAAGAUUUAAACAUCUCUCUCCCACCUCUGGGCACGCCGAACUGGACUUCGAGGAGCAGCCGGACAAAAGGGAGACCCUCAGACUCUUUUUCAACUUCUCCCACAUGCCCCCUUUCCCCGCCUCGCCCCCUUCACCUCCGGUAAAACAAAUAAAAUGCCAGCAGAUUAGCCGGAGCAGUGCCGCGCUGCUUUUCCCUCCCGGCUCUGAUACGAGCCCCCCGAAGAAAAGCUGCCUCCAAAAAAAAAAAAAAAAAAAAAGGAUCAAAACUGCCCUGUUUAAAGCAUGACAAGCACCAGCGGGGCUCUCUGCACUCCGCCAUUUUGGAUCUGCCAGUCUCAGUUGCUGGCAGAGUCAUUGACACCAAAGGCACUUCAGCCACACAGUGCGGCCAUUGUCUGCCCAGCGGCUCCCCACUAGGCCAAACCACUUGGUCUGAACCACUGACUGCCUGGCUGGCUGACUGUACGCGUCACAUGCUCCAGCAUCUGAUAAUAAACAGGAAGUGAUAUGCAGGGCGUAAAUCCACCGUAGGAUUGCAGAUUUGGAAUGUAUUAAGUACUUUGUCAUUUUCAUAACGCUGAAUGGAGUACUGUAGGCCUGUUUUUUCCUCCUGCCUGUGUAGAAAUGCGUGGCAUAGGCUAGGUGUGAUUGCAUCUAUGCAAAUGAGGCAGGGGUGGUGUGAGCAUGCACACACACACAAAUACGCACACACACACAGCGUCCCUCAACACAUGCAGUCAUUCUUAUUGUUAUAAGACAGUGGAGCACUAUUCACAUGCUCACACACACACACACACACGCACACACACUCGCUGAGGCCAUCUUAGAGCCUGGUACAGUGGCCAAAUCAGCGUCAGGCAAGGUUACAUCUGGACACACACACAGUAAGCAUCGGCUCAGAGAUGAACGGGAAGGUCUGACGGCAUCAUAUCCAUAUCUGUUUAAGCUAAUGAUGUCGCAUUAGCAGAGGCAAGGAUUUAAGGGCGUAAUGGUAUUUAGUCUUCUUUAAAGUGUCAGCGACAUGAGCUUCUUGGUGCCUUAAAAAAUGCUCUUCAGUGAUACGUACUGAUUAUGAAUUCAUGCCUUUUAAUAUGAGAUGCCAUAUUCUGUAUGCCAAAGGUAUAAAAUGGGUGUCCGUGCAAUGAUUUGUGUACAAAGAGGUGUUGUUACAUUCAGUCUGAACUUUCCUCAUUGGACCACCUUCUCCAUGAAAUGGAAGAGAGGUGGAUCUGUUCAAUGUGCCAUAUUCUGGUUUUACUGGUUUUGUGCUUGCGGCCAGAAGACAUGAACUACUUCUGAUUAUUCUUAAAGGGCCGAGUUGUUGCUCAAAGGGUUUCAUCCAAUAGUCCAAAAUCUUGUUUUGAGCUUCAGGAUGACAGUUUGAAGACAUCUUAGUGAUGCCUCCAAAGCCUUAGCAGCCCCUAAAAUGUUUGGCUGCUGUGACGUCGGAGGAUUUCCUUAAAUUUUAACUGAAUAAUUCGGCAUUUUGGGAAGUAUGCCAGUUUGCUUUCUUGCCAGGGGUUACGUCAGAAGAUCGAUACCACUCUGACGUCUGGAAGCUAAAUAUGAUGCUACUGCCUGCAGCUGGUUAGCUUAGCUUAGCAUUAAGAUUGCAAACAGCUAGCCUUGCUCUGUAGUCUACCAGCACCCGUAACGCUCACUAAAUAACAUGCUAUGUCUCGUUAUUUAGGUCGUUAAGUAAAAAUAAUAAAAUACAGUGUAAUGGGAAGUUAUGUGCCAGACUAUUUCCUGGAGUCUCAUAGUCACUAUGAGUAACACUUUGCUUUUUGUAUCAGUUCAACAGAUAUAAAAGGUUAUUUAAGGACUUUAAGGGGUGCUGCAAGGUAGAAUUUGUUGCACAUGCAGGCUAGCUGUUUCCCCCUGCUUCCAAUCUUUGUGCUUAGCUAAGCUAAGCUAAGCUAACCGGCUGCAGCUGGAAGCUUCAAAUUAACCCUAGACUCAUGUAAGUCUUGAAAGCGGAUAAUAUUUCACAAAAUGUUGAACUUUUCUCAAAACUAAUGCAUCAUGAAAACAGCUUCAACUUGCUACUACUCCUCCAGACUCGGUAGUGGGUCCAUAAAUAGAUGUGAAUGUUACACUGCUGACUUUUAUUCAACAUCUCAGAGCAAAGGAAAUUAAAUUAGUGCUGAAUGUAAACAAAACGACCCACAACGUAACUUGAACUUGUCAUUUUAUGGUCACUUUAUGAUGCGGCCCAGAACAACAACAACAACAAAAAAAACAUUUUGCGACAGCAAGCACACAGUCGGUAAAACCAACCGCCAUCCGCUCACGAUCAAACGAUGUCACGCUUAAGGUACAACACGAACCCAUCAGGUAGCGAACGCCGGCGGCAGCGGGGAGGGUUGAGCCCGCGCCUGCGGACGGCAGCGGCGGUUUGCCGCUCGUUGUCAGAUUUAGCACGUUUCAUAUCUGCAUUCAAAUUCAACAACUUGCAAAUGGCUAUCGAGCCGUUUUCCGAAUCAAUAUGUAAUUUGUUGGCUUGGAGAAGCCUUGUACACUUCAUAGCCUGUAGCUGUUUGGUACAUUGCGUUGUAUUGGAAGCGAUGUAAUGAACACCAUCUUUCAUUCUUACUGCAGUAUAGAUUGUCAUAUGCAGAAUUCCUCACUUGUGUACGCCACGGCAAGGCAGUAUUAAUGUAUGAAACUUUCCUCUUGCUCUGUUGCUCUGACACGCCCUGCCUGAUGUUUACAUUUUUUUGGAAAGAAUGUUGGAAAUGCAUGUUAUGCUUACUUGAUAACUGUACUUUUUGUUGUUUUAAUUUUUUUCUAUGUCGAAUUAAAACUGGACGCAAGUUCCAAACCUCUCAGAGGGGAUUUAAGAGGA